CCAAAAAAUAAUUGUACAUUGUAGCACCUUAAGUUGAAAGAGAAGAAGAGAGAAGAGAAAAUGAGCUGUAUGACACUUUGGAACUUAAUCUUCUUGCUCUUCAUUUAUGCUGCUGAAGGGCAAUGCCCUGCAAACACAACAUCAAUCUUUGUCAUUGCUCCCAGGACCAUCAACGUACCACUGACAGAGCCUGCAUGCCUAGGCUGUAGGUUCCUCAACAAUCAAGGUGAUCGGAUUACCUUCUCUGAUGGCAUGUGGAGCAGAGGUGGGACUUUGACUCUAAAUGAUGGCGACUUCAAUGGAAAUGUCAGCAUAUCAACAACCUCUGAUACCAUUUACCUUACCCUCAAUUAUCCUGAUGAUGUUGUGAGUGUUGGUGAUACACUUGUAUGCUCCUCAACUCAAGCUGGUAGUCAAAAUACUGUAACAAUUGGAGCUUUCAACUUUCUAAACCCAGAAAUAUCUCCUAGUGGUACUGCCUAUGUUACUGAAGGAAGUAAUCUAACUUUAAGCUGCUCUGAUCCUGGUAAUACAGGCACAACAAAUUACGUGUGGCUCAACAGCACUGGUGAUGCACUCACCUCUGAGACCACCAGUCCUCCUUUAAAUCUUCAGUUGAACCUGAUUCAAAGGUCCUCUAGUGGAGUGUACACAUGUAGCUCAACUAAGCCAUCUGAACUACCAGGAGUUACAAUGGAUACUAGUGUUACCAUUGAUGUCCAAUAUCCUCCAGAAGUUGCUGUUUCUCAUGGUAGUAUUUCUUUAACUACUAAUGAGUCUGUUACCAUUAACUGUACGUAUACAGGCAAUCCUUCAUCAUUCAAUGUGACGUGGCAAAAAGAUGGAAGCCUACUUAUCGACGCUGAUUCUCAGAUCGACACUCAAUCCACAACCUCCGAGCUGACCCUGUCCCUGGUACAAAUGAAUGACAGUGGCAGUUAUGUGUGCAUAGUGGAAAACAUAGUUGGCAGUACCAACAGCAAUCAAGUCAUUGUAGCUGUUCAAGUUCCUCCUGAGCCUGUGAUGGGGCUAAUGGCUAAUACUACAAGCACUUCAGUCACUUUGUACUGGUCACUGGGUUUUGAUGGAAAUUCCAACAUUACAGAAAUUGUUAUCAAUUAUUCUUCCAGUAGCUAUAAUGGAACCAUCACUAUCGUGGGUGAUAUGGUAACAGAGGCUGUUAUUCGAAAUCUCCAUCCCUCCACCAUCUACUCAUUCUCGAUCACUACUGUAAAUGACAUUGGAACUAGUAACCCAGUGAGACUGAGCGUAAUGACAGAUCCUCUUACUCCUCCUCAUUCACUGAGUGUUCUCUCUCUCGGCUCCACUGAGACUACCAUUGCUUGGGCUGCUGUCUGGAAUCUAUCAACUCAGUAUCAAGUUAUGCUAUCAAAGGUUGAGGACUGCAACUAUGAUCCAAUCACUAUUGUUGUAGCAUCUUCUGGGGAGACUAUGGAAGUCUAUACUAUUACUGGUCUUAAACCAGUGACCAAUUACACUGUCUCUGUCACUGCUCAGUUCGUAAUGAGUAAUAUGCUGAGUUUCAUGAGUCAGCCUUCGGAGAGUAUCUCAUUUUUAACUGCUGCAUCAGCUCCUUCCAUAAACCAGUCAGUCCUGUCAAUACUUGGUGAUGACACACUCAUCAUUCAAUGGAGUUAUCUCCAUGAUGGUGGAAUGGAUCUGAUUCAUCUAAGGGUUCAUUGUAGCAGUGGCAUAUCUAUAAAUCUCACUGAUGCUACCAUCACUAGCAUAGCUGUGCUAAGAGUGGAGAAUGGACUAUACAAUUGUACUAUAACUUCUGCCAAUAGCAUCAACUCUACUUCAGUUCUGACUAACACUGUUCAAGUCACUAAUGCUCCUAAUGCAUGUACCAAUACGCCAACUAUUAGUGUACAAGGGAGUGCUUGCGCUUUGUCUAAAACUGCUGUGUUUGGAUCAGUUGUUGCUGGUGCGAGCAUAUUUUGCUCAAUAAUAGCAGUAGUGGUCACACUAAGCAUUUGCUUCCUUUACCAUAAGAAGAGAUCAACUAUGACUGUUGCAGUCACACCAAUGAAAGAAGAGUCAGUUUAUAAUACUGGUGAUGGGAGCAAAUCACCUUUAGCUCCAGUGGGGAUAGCUUGGGAAGCUUGUGAAUCGACUACUCAAGAAACCAAAGAAGCAACAGCAAAAUGAGGGAAAAGAUUUAGACUAAAACAAACCUGCAUGCAUAGAUAUGCUUUCUUUAUUUGAUAAAAAAAA